AUGGAGGGGUUAUUUCAAAGAAAACAUAAUCAGAUGUCUUACGAGGAAAGGGGUAUGGUUGAGAAAAACAAAAAAGAAAUAGCAUCGCGUAUUACGCACGUGAUUGAUUGCGAGGCAUAUAUGAAUAAAAAAAAGACAUUUCUUCGCGAAAUAUCGGUUUAUAGAGUAAAAACCGGCGAGUGUGCGUCGUUUCAAGUGUAUACACCGUUUGUACCCUUUAAUGAACACUGCUAUACAAUUGAUUAUCAGAUAAAGAAAAUUCACGGCUUACCGAUUGUCCGUAAACGUUUAACGGGAGAUUUUUAUACACUAAAAGAAUCGAUGGCGUUUUUAACAGAUGAAUUUAUGUGUAACGCCGAUUUAGUGGGCUAUAAAGACGGCGAUAUUGAACGUAAUUUGUUAAAUAAUAUGGGUGUGCGUUGUAUUAAUCUUGAAGUAUUGACAUGUCCAAAGUAUGCCGACCUAUUGACCAUAUUUGGUCAAUCGCAAGAAUGUUGUCCCUAUCACCUGGGUAACCAUUAUCAUUGUUCAAAACAUGAAGUAAAAAUGUUUGCACAUUUUGUGUAUUUUAUUUUGUAAGGAUGGCAAUGCUCGAAGCAUUAUCGUAUCUUCUACUAAAACAACCUUAUAAUCCAACAUUGUGGAAUUUGUAUUCCACAUGUACAUAUUUACGAUUUUAUAAACCGCUAAUGGUUAAAGAACGCAAAAUUAAUCAUUAUUCUGAGGUUAAAGGGGGAUGUUGGUUGAAAGGCGGUUUUGAGACGAUACGCGAUUUUAUAGCUGUGGACGAUGUAAAAGAGGAUGAUGAAAAAGUGAAGAGCGACAAUCCCGCCACGCCUGAUUUGGUGUGGGAGAAAAACCCACGCAUGGGCGUUGACGAAGACGGCGGCAAGAAAAUAUAUAAUAUACCCGUGGAAUGGAUUCCGCAAUUGGGUGUUCGCGAAGGUUUGUUCGUGCUAUUUCCUUAUCCGUUUUGCUGUCGUGAAGUAUUAGUACAUUCAAAAACACAGCUGGUACAUUGUCAGUCUUUAAAUAUGCCCCGUGACUAUUAUGUAGACAAACAUUAUUUUCACGUUGGUUCGGGAGAUUGCGACGAAGAUAGUUCGGAGAUCGAAGUGUUUGCCGGCACGCAGUUGUAUGUGGGGUUGAUGACCAUGAUGAAACAUUUCAAGACCAACCUAUACGUAAAUAUGGGUGAAAUGUUGACCGCUCUCGAUAGUAAUGAGAAAGUGUUACAGUAUUAUCGUAAGGAAGUCCGCAGCGAAGAAAACGAAAAUGGCGAAGUCGCAGUAACUGUAAUAUAUCAUGUAGAAAAGAAGAUAGCUAUGGCUAUUCGUAAGUAUUUAGCACAUAUAUUAGUAUGCAAAAAAUGUAUUAGAUAUAUAGAAGAGUUUUUAUCGUUAUCAGACCAAAGUGUGGAAGAACACCCAUACCCCGCACAUAGUGACUUGGAUUGUGACGGUUAUAAUUGUAUAGGUUUACCUAUUUUACGACAUAUAUUAGAUGCUGAUUUUGAUAGUUUGAGGGAUAAAGCUUUUUACGGUGUCGUAGUCGAUGUAUUUGAGAGUCGUUGUGAACGCGUGGAAGGUUUUAUGACAUCAUACGUUAUAAAAUAUGUGUAA